ACAUAUCUGUGACUGGCCAAUUGCAUGUUUGUAGGCGUGAGAUUAUGAUGUGUUUUUGUGAUGAUAUACAAAAUGGCUGCGGUUCUGGGUUUCUAUUAGCUGUGCUACAUUUGUAUAAAUAGUAGUAGCAGCAUAUAGCAUUUCUCGUAGUUUAUCAUAACUAUCGGAAUGAAGGAAUUCUAAUAUAACUAUAUGGAUAAUUUUGUUUUCGGCAGAAGCGGGGUGGCUAGCAUUAUAUGGACACGACUUGGGAUGGCGAAAAUAAACAACAACGCUUUUCGGAUAGUUGACUUGAUCAUGUAACUGUUUGUACUUUGCUUAGCGUUAACCUUUUUAAACGAGUGGGACUGCACAUUAAUUCCUAUAUUUGGCAUUAGUGGGUUCACUACACGUGUUAAGUCAGUAGGUGUAAAUGAAAUGCUAGACUGAGAGCAAUUAAUGUUAGGCACGUUUUAGAGCUUAGCAGAGAUGGUAAAAAUAGCGUAUUCUCAUCUCCGUUAACGUUGACUAAACGGGAGAAUCCUAAGAUGGUCAGUUUACUUUUUAUAAACCCACUUUGCGGAUGUUGCUUAGCCUACUCACCAGUGAGCCAUGUGGUACUAUAGUAACAUUACAGCUUAAGGUUGGACAAAACUUUUUGGAGUGAUGAUGGAUAAUUCGAAGCCGCGCUACAGCAAAAGGCUGCGGGCUGGUACCCGACGACGUUACCAUGAUGAUGGCAUCUCCGAUGAAGAAAUUGAUGGAAGGAGGAUGUUUGACCUGGAGGAGAAAGUUAACAGUCAGAGAUUUACCUCUGACCGUGUUAUUCGCAUGGAGGGAAAAGACUUUACAUACGAAUUCAUUCAGAGAGGUGGUCUGAGGGAUCCAAUCAUCUUUGAGAAGCCUGAUGGACUAGGAAUAAAGAUGCCUGAUCCCGACUUCACUGUCAAUGAUGUCAAGAUGUUUGUUGGUAGCAGACGUAUGAUAGAUGUGAUGGACGUGAGCACUCAGAAGGGGACAGAGAUGUCCAUGGCUCAGUGGACACGUUAUUAUGAAACCCCCCCAUCUCAGAGAGAGAAGGUCUAUAAUGUCAUCAGCCUGGAGUUCAGCCACACCAAACUGGAGAACCUGGUCAAGAGACCAGCCACAGUAGAUCUAAUAGACUGGGUGGACAACAUGUGGCCUCGUCACCUUAAAGAACGACAAAGAGACUCAACCAACUCUAUAAAUGACAUGCAUUACCCCAAAGUACAAAAAUACUGUCUGAUGAGUGUAGAGGACUGCUACACAGACUUUCACAUUGACUUUGGAGGGACCUCAGUGUGGUACCAUAUACUGAGUGGAAGCAAGGUAUUCUGGCUGAUCCCGCCCACCCCUCAGAACCUGGAGCUAUAUGAGAACUGGGUACUGUCGGGGAAACAGGGAGAUGUUUUCCUCGGAGAUAGAGCAUCUGACUGCCAGAGGAUUGAACUGAAGCAGGGCUGCACCUUCAUUAUACCCUCAGGCUGGAUUCACGCUGUGUACACCCCAGUGGACUCUAUGGUGUUUGGAGGAAACUUCUUGCACAGCUUCAACAUUCCUAUGCAGCUUAACAUUUGCAAUAUAGAGGACCGAACUCGGGUUCCAGUGAAAUUUCGCCACCCCUUCUAUUAUGAGAUGUGCUGGUAUGUGUUGGAGCGUUACAUCUUCAGCCUGACCAAGACCUCCUAUCUCACACCAGAGUUUCAGAAACACACUCUGGGCAUUGGCUUGAAGAAGCCUUCUGGCUUAGACCAAUCCAGUGAGCAAGUGAGAGAGGAGAGAGAUGGUGGCACUGAUGAAGAGGCUUCAGAGCAGUUUGACAAGGCUGCAGUUAAAGUUCAUCUGACUCCCUUUGAGUUGGAGGGGCUGUGCAAUCUGCUGGGUAAAUUGGAGGCUCUGCCUUCCAACAAGAAGUGUGUGCCAGCAGGAUUUUCCAGCACUGCCCUUGUCUCUGCUGUGCUGCAGGUGCUACUAAAGGAACACGCUGGUGAUAAUCCCAAACUUUCCUACACUGGAAAACCCAUUGUUAGGUGGCCAAAGAGGCCCUCAUGGUACCAGCCUCCUGCUCCACCACCUCCUCCUCGCCCUAAACUAGCCUCUGCACCCAUCAUCCCACGGCCACAGAAACCAGCCUCUUCCAUGUCUGUGCUGAGACGUCGCAGGGUCAGGUGUAAGCGCUGUGAAGCCUGUAUGAGACCUGAGUGUGGAGACUGUAAUUUCUGCAGAGACAUGAAGAAGUUUGGUGGACCGGGGAAGCUCAAGCAGACCUGUGUGCUACGACAGUGUCUUUCUCCAGGUCUUCCUCUGUCUGCAGUGUGUGAGAUCUGCAAGGAGCCCAAUCAGGAGGAAAUGGGCGAUCCCUCCCUCACUCUGAUGGAGUGUUCCAAUUGUGCACAGAUAGUCCACCCUGCCUGCCUCACGAUUGUUGGUGAAGGAGUGGUGAAUAAAGAUCUGCCUAGCUGUUGGGAGUGCCCAAAAUGUGUCCAAGGGAUCACUGACCCAGAGCAGUCCAAAGGCGAGAAAGGGGAGCGCCAUGCUGUGAAGCGGAAAUCAUCUUCUCUGCUGGAUGCUCGUAUGGCUAAGAUUUAUCGACGACAGAGACACAGUCGCGAUGGAGAUGACUCUGCUACUGAUGAUGAUGAUGAAGCCUCUCAAAGAAGGACAAUGAUGAUUUUUGCGCGAGGGGGAAGCCACACUUCAAAGAGGGGAUUUAGUGCCAACAGAAGAGGCCUGCUGAGAGGAGGCUCAGCCCUGAGAGGAAGGAGAGGAGGGCUCAUGUCUCCUGGCUCCUUCUCCGUCCUCAAGUUAAAGCGAGGGAUAGGCAUGAGGGAGAGUGGACGGAGGGGACGGGGAGUGAGGCUGCGGGGAGGCACUAGAGUGCAGCGACGAGGAGAUGAGUCUGAGGAGUCAGAUGAUGAUGAUGACGAAGAGGAGGAGGAAGAGGAAGACAGUGACGAUGGAGACAAAGAACGACAGCAUCGUCAAUGUAGGAAGAGGCGCAGGACUGACGAAAAUGAAGAUGAGGACAGUGAGGGGCAGGAGUUUGACCCAGAUGAGAUGGACAUGCUGGAAGAGGAGGAAGAGGAGGAGGAGGAGGAGGUGGAGGAGGAGGAAGAGUUAGAGGAAGAUGGGCACUGGGAUUUGGACCCAGAACCUCCAGUCCUUCUGGUUUCUGAUCUGAAUGAUGACCUGCUGAGUGGAUCCUACCUGACUGUCACCCUACAGCACCCCCAUAAGGCCAAGAGACAAUCUGACUCUAUAGUUCCCAAGCUAGAAGCAGCCAUGGGUCUGAGGACAGCUGCAGUGGGUGCCAUCCAAAGAAAGGCUGCUCCAUCCAGACCUUUAAGACUCAAGAGUACUGACACCACAGCUGACACUGUAACUCCAAGAGGACCUGGCAGGCCACGUUUGCGGUGUAACCAUGGUGACAGAGGAACUAGAGAUCACUCUGCGUCUUCAUCAGAGGAAGAGGAAGCUGCUACUCCUGCCUCUUCCUCCUUGUCUCCUCCGUCUAUGCUGAUUCUGCCAUCCUUUAAGGAUGUGGGCAAUGAGAGAGGAGGGGAGAAGGAGGUGUGGGUAUCUGUCUUUAGAUACUUGAGCAGAGCUGAGCUGCUGGCCUGCAUGACUGUUUGUAAGGCCUGGUACAAGUGGAGCUGUGACAAGCGUCUGUGGAGUCGCAUAGAUGUCAGUCGGUGCAACCCAAUCAGUAACCAGUCCCUAGCAGGCAUUGUCAAACGCCACCCCACCUCUCUAGACCUGUCAUGGACCCCCCUGGCCAAGAGACAGCUCAACUGUCUGCUCACAAGACUCCCAGGUUUGAGAGAAUUGAGGGUGGCUGGUCUGCCCUGGUCCUCUCUGUCAGCGCUGGUCUCCCCAACUCUGCCCUGCCUGCAGCUGCUAGACUUGCGUUGGUGUGAAGGCCUUAAAGACACCCAGAUUAAAGAGAUAAUCAUCCCACCUGGUUCAGAGUUGUCUCGCAGCAGACUGAGGAACAUGGUAACGCUACAUCUAUCUGGUCUGGAUAUCAGUGACACUACUUUGAGGCUGCUGCAGCGCCACAUGCCCCAACUGGAGAGACUGGACCUUGCUCACUGCAAGAACAUAACUGACUCUUCCAUUGCCCUGCUAGCAGCAGCCGGGACUCACACCCGCAACAACCUCACUGAGCUCACACUGGCAGGCUGUAGUGAGCUGACAGAUGGCUGUCUGUCUUACGUGAAGCGCCUCUCCUCGCUGACUCUGUUGGACCUCAGAGGUUGUAAGGCUGUCAGCAGACGAGUCUGUGACAUCUUCAUCUCUGACCUGUCCUACAUUGCCCUUUACUGUAUGAUGGAGGAAAAGCUUAUUCAGCGCCUGGACUAACACAAAUACUGUUACGUGGUCUACUGUUGGAGAGGAGAAAAAAAUGCUUUUUCAAAUUUACUUUCAACAUGCCUUGUUUAUCAAAACAUGGAGAGAACCAAACCUGCUUUUAAGCUAACAAUCCUUUGACGCCCAAAACAAAUAGCUCCUAAAUUCAAUGUCUUCUGGUACAAGCUGUAAAUAACAUUUUUGGAGUUGUUAGAAGGGUCUUUCUUCACUGUUGAUAGAACAAUAGAAGCAGUUUCCCCUUGCCUCCUACCAUCAAUAUCACACCUAUCUGGCAAAGCUAUAAACAAGUGUUUUUCUAAAAUGUCUCUUUCUUUAAAAAGUUUUGAAUGGUUAAAUUCAUUGACUCCAAAUAUUAUGACUCCUCAAAGGUUGACAUUGUCUUCAUAUUUUAUAUCAUUGCUUAAUGAUUUGAAUUUAUUGUAUUGAUUACACAUUUGCUGAAUGAGUAUUCAAUAAAUGUGAAUGCAAUGAA